UCCAGCCCACGACCCCCGCACAGCACAAGCAAAUCCGCUAAUAGUUUAAGUUUAAUCGUAAAUGAACUAACUAUUAAGAAGAAAAUAAAAUAAAAUAUAUACCCGACAAAUCGCAAACAUGGCUGACAGAGCAAUAAAGCUGCUCAUCAUAGGAGAGAGCGGCGUUGGAAAGUCCAGCCUGAUACGUCGUUUCGUUGAGAACAAGUUUGAUGACAAUCAUGACGUCACAAUUGGUAUGGACUUUAAGAGUGCCAUCAUGAAUGUGGAUGGCAUUGACUACAAGGUUGCACUGUGGGAUACAGCGGGCGCCGAAAGAUUUCGCAGUCUAACACCCAGUUUCUAUCGCAAGGCGCUGGGCGCCAUACUGGUGUAUGACAUCACAAAUCGCGAAUCACUGGUCAAACUGGAUGCAUGGAUGGCAGAGCUGGACAGCUACAGUGAUAAUCCGAAUAUAGCCAUUAUUGUGGUUGGCAACAAAAUUGAUAAGGAUCGUGUCGUUGACCGGGAAGAUGGCCGUAAAUUUGCGCGCAAACAUCGGGCGCUCUUCAUCGAAACAUCGGCCAAAUGUGAUCAGUUCGUUAGUGAUGUGUUCAAGGAUAUUGUGGAGAAGAUUGUUUCAUCAGAAUAUUUCGUUAACGGGAAUACUUCGAAUGGCAUGACAAUUGACAAUACCCAGGAUGUAGACUCAAGCCCAUCGACGUGUUAUUGUUGACGUGCGCGUUGUGCUUUUCCUUGGUUCAUUCUGCUUUUCGAUAAUUAAUUUUCUUAAAUUUGUAGAGUAUAUUUAUUUUAAACGUAUCAAUUUCAAUUUAGUAUAAAUGCUUUACAACAUAUCCCAAAA